AUGUCUCCUAGUUGGCAAGGUUUCCUCGCGGGUGUGUUAAAUCUGAUGGUGAUGUGGCUGGGUGGAGAUACGUACAGAUUACCGUUAUUGUGUCCCCAAGAGACGAGCGAUUACACUGUCAGGACUGACAUUGGUGACAACAGUAUACGCAUAAAUGACACGUGCGGUACGAACUGCAUUCCACAGGAUGAAAAUUUUGCAUGCAGUGUCCAUAACGAGACAGGUUGGGGACAAUUUCAGUCUCAGUAUCAGCCUGGAUCAUUUCUACUGACCAAUGCAAACUGUUCAGAACUAGUGGCCAUUGGUCUACACCACAUGAGGUACAACAAACCUGGACAAGCCUACCUCAUCCCCGCCCUCAGCAUCACGAUCAACAUCUCGGCGGAGAUGCUGGGUGCAUCGCCUACCCUAGUCACUCGACCUCCUAAUCCAGAUGCACUGUUGGUCAGAGUCAGUGGUGUGAAUGAUACAGAUAGUUUCCGGGAUGACCUUUACACCGACACUCCACUAUACAGACUGUACAGGUUUUCUAAUUAUACACCAACAACAAGAGAUAACAAAUAUCCGAGACAAGCUGUGGUGAGAUGUAUAGACAAUCUGGAUGCCUGUUCGGUAAAGAUAUAUGAAUUAGAAAUCACCACUUUCGCAUACGAGCCGGGUUCUCGUUUGAUGACUCGAUCAGUGUACACGAUUACCUCCCCGAACAGUAAUGAUCCUUAUCUGCCUCCAGUAAUAGCCACAACGUUAAAGAACAGUGAUGUCACUGUGGUGUUCGAGACCGGCGGCAGAACCACAAUGUACAGUGUUGGAUUAGUCAAGGUUAACAAGGCACAAACUUUAUAUAGACAGGUCGAAAUUGCGGGAAACAAAUACCUCUCUCAUCCUUUUUGUGUGAGCCUACCGGGAAAUAUGGACGACGGGUGUCUAAACGAACUUAAAAAAAUUGAAGAUCAUGUAGAUGCGGAUGAUGAAUACUUCUUUCCAGUCUUGGCUUACGUCAUAGGUACUGUGUUCACGUGUAUUGUGAUAGCUGUUGCCGCGUUCCUGAUCAGAUACAGAAUGAUCCGUCUCAUCAAACACGACGUCCACAAGAUAUCACGAGAGGGAAACAUGACCAGGAUACUGUUGCUGAACAGACAACAAGACCAACAGAUGGCCAAGUCCCUUGUUACCUUUGUAGAGACGCAUUUUCCAUCGGUAGAGUUUAUUUCCGUUGAGCUUGGCACGAAAACAGAUGUUCAAAAACAUAUGUUGAUGAAGAACGCGAUUAGAUUAUGCGAUCAAGUAAUUGUGAUAUGGUCUCACACAGAGUCUGAAGGAGAUCGUUUUGUAGAUUCAGUAACAAAUGGAACUAUUUUUACCAGCAAAGAUGAUGUUAAUCUAACUGUUGUUUUUUCGUCAGACCUUGUAGACAAAACCUCAAUACCCGUGGAAUUUAACGGAGCUCACAAAUUUGAUUUGACUUCAGAAUUAGAAUCGUUUUGUCAACAUUGUUUCUCCGUAAGUCCUGUAUCAUCAGAAUCUAUACAAGAAUUUCAUAAUUCCCCAUCGUUCAAGAACUUUGUUGAAUCAUAUAAAAAGGUAUAUUGCAAUGACCAAGUUAAAACUGAAUGUGAUCGUCUCUUAGGAAAUCCGUACAACUGUGCCGUACAUGACACAAUUAGUUUUAGAAAUGCAGAGCAUAAUAUUGGAAGAUCUGAAACCAGUGUUUUGCAAGAGGACAUCCAGCCUGAUCAUUUAGUACAUGCGGACUGUCCCAUUCAUGAGUGGAGGGCGGAUUCACGAAUGGACAAACAUGAUUACAAAAGUGAGCAAGACAGUGUCUCUUACCAGCCUAUGUCCAACGAGCAAAGACAUCCUCCUUCUGCGUCACUUGAAAAUAGGUUUUUAUUGUUCAACCAAGGUUUAUGA